AAGAAGGGUUUUCCGGAGCUGCGGCGGCGUAGACUGGAGGGGAAGCUAGGGGUUCCGACGUCGCUGCCGAGCGAACGCGCCCCAGCCGGAUCCUUGACGACCACCCCAGCUCGGCGCCGUCUUUCCGUCGGCUGGGAGAGGCCCCGCGGCCUGAGAGCCCCGCCGCCCGCACCCGGAGCUAGCGCAGCCGCGGCCUGUCGCCGCCGCCGCCGGAGAAACAGGCGGGACCCCUGAUUCUGGCAGGAUGGCCCAGUGGAAUCAGCUGCGGCAGCUCGAAACACGGUACUUGGAGCAGCUCCACCAGCUGUACAGCCACAGCUUCCCCAUGGAGCUGCGGCAGUUUCUGGCCCCCUGGAUUGAGAGCCAACACUGGGCAUAUGCGGCAAGCAAAGAAUCACAUGCAACUUUGGUGUUUCAUAAUCUCUUGGGUGAGAUUGACCAGCAGUACAGCCGCUUUCUACAAGAAUCGAAUGUUCUCUGUCAGCACAAUCUGCGAAGAAUCAAGCAGUUCCUUCAGAGCAGGUAUCGUGAGAAGCCAAUGGAGGUUGCCCGUACUGUGGCCCGGUGUCUGUGGGAAGAGUCCCGUCUCCUCCAGACUGCAGCCACUGCAGCCCAGCAAGGGGGACAGGCCAACCACCCAACAGCGGCCGUGGUGACAGAGAAGCAGCAGAUGUUGGAACAGCACCUCCAGGAUGUCCGGAAGAGAGUGCAGGAUCUAGAACAGAAAAUGAAAGUGGUAGAGAAUCUUCAGGAUGACUUCGAUUUCAACUACAAAACCCUCAAGAGUCAAGGAGACAUGCAGGAUCUGAAUGGAAACAACCAAUUGGUGACCAGACAGAAGAUGCAGCAGCUGGAGCAGAUGCUCACUGCGCUGGACCAGAUGCGGCGAAGCAUCGUGAGCGAGCUGGUGGGGCUGUUGUCAGCCAUGGAGUAGGUGCAGAAAACACUCACGGAUGAGGAGCUGGCGGACUGGAAGAGGCGGCAGCAGAUAGCAUGCAUCGGAGGUCCUCCCAAUAUCUGCCUCGAUCGCUUGGAAAACUGGAUAACCUCAUUAGCAGAAUCUCACCUUCAGACCCGCCAGCAAAUUAAGAAACUAGAGGAGUUGCAGCAGAAAGUGUCCUACGAAGGGGAUCCCAUUGUACAGCACAGGCCCCUGCUGGAGGAGAGGACUGUGGAACUGUUUAGAAACUUAAUGAAAAGUGCCUUUGUGGUAGAACAGCAGCCCUGCGUGCCCAUGCACCCCGACUGGCCACUCAUCAUCAAGACCGGGGUCCAGUUUAUGGCCAAAGUCAGGUUGCUGGUCAAAUUCCCCGAGUUGAAUUAUCAGCUUAAAAUUAAAGUGUGCAUUGACAAAGACUCUGGGGACGUGGCGGCUCUCAGAGGGUCCCGGAAGUUUAACAUUCUGGGCACAAACACGAAAGUUAUGAACAUGGAGGAGUCCAACAACGGCAGCCUCUCUGCAGAGUUCAAGCACUUGACCCUGAGGGAGCAGAGGUGUGGGAAUGGGGGCCGAGCCAACUGCGACGCCUCCCUGAUCGUGACCGAAGAGCUGCACCUGAUCACCCUUGAGACUGAGGUGUACCACCAAGGCUUCAAGAUCGACCUCGAGACGCACUCCUGGCCCGUCGUGGUGAUCUCCAACAUCUGUCAGAUGCCAAACGCCUGGGCGUCCAUCCUGUGGUACAACAUGCUGACCAAUAACCCCAAGAACGUGAACUUUUUCACCAAACCCCCAGUCGGCACCUGGGACCAGGUAGCCGAGGUGCUGAACUGGCAGUUCUCAUCCACCACAAAGCGCGGCCUGAGCAUUGAGCAGCUGACCACGCUGGCAGAGAAGCUCCUGGGACCUGGUGUGAACUAUUCAGGGUGUCAGAUCACGUGGGCUAAGUUUUGCAAAGAAAACAUGGCUGGCAAGGGCUUCUCCUUCUGGGUCUGGCUGGACAACAUCACUGACCUUGUGAAAAAGUACUUCCUGGCCCUCUGGAAUGAAGGGUACAUCAUGGGCUUCAUCAGUAAGGAGCGGGAGCACACCAUCUUGAGCACCAAGCCCCCAGGCACCUUCCUGCUGAGGUUCAGCGAAAGCAGCAAAGAAGGAGGCGUCACCUUCACUUGGGUGGAGAAGGACAUCAGUGGCAAGACCCAGAUCCAGUCGGUGGAGCCAUACACCAAGCAGCAACUGAACAUGUCAUUUGCCGAGAUCAUCAUGGGCUAUAAGAUCAUGGAUGCCACCAACAUCCUGGUGUCACCGCUGGUCUAUCUCUAUCCCGACAUCCCCAAGGAGGAGGCCUUCGGGAAGUAUUGUCGGCCAGAGAGCCAGGAGCAUCCUGAAGCUGACCCAGGUGCUGCCCCAUACCUGAAGACCAAGUUUGUCUGUGUGACACCAACAACCUGCAGCAAUACCACUGACCUGCCGAUGUCCCCCCGCACUUUAGAUUCAUUGAUGCAGUUUGGAAAUAAUGGUGAAGGUGCUGAGCCCUCAGCAGGAGGGCAGUUUGAGUCCCUCACAUUUGACAGGGAGCGGACCUCGGAGUGCACCACCUCCCCCAUGUGAGGAGCGAACGGAAGCUGCAGAGAGACCCGCUGAGGCGCCUACCUGCGUCCCGCCCCCUCGCACCAAACCCCAGCUCAUCUGAAACUCCUAACUCUGUGGUUCCAGAUUUUUUUUAUCUCCUACUUCUGCUAUCUCUGAGCAAUCUGGGCACUUUUUGCAAUAGAGAAUGUGGGUGACAUGCUUUUAUCUCAGUGCAAAUAAGAUUGUGUUC